AUGGAAAAAGAAGCAACUCGUGACAUUAUUCCCCACUUGGUCUCAAUUGGUCCCAACCAUUAUGGAAAUCCCAAAUUUUCUGACAUGGAAACUCAGAAGACAGAGCUUCUUGAUCUUGAAUCCAGGGAAUGGAAUUCCCAAAAGGCAUCAUCCCUCACAAACGCUUUGCUAGAGUUGGAAGAGAAGACUAGAAAAUGCUACCCCCAUAGUUUCAACCACAUGGAUGGGAAUGCAUUUGUGAGGAUGAUGCUCACAGAUGCAUUCUUCCUCAUAAACCUCUUCACGGAUUACCCCAAAUUCCGCAAGGGUGAAGAAUUACCAAACAGAUGCAUUUUUAGAACGCGUUGGAUGCUGCCAUAUAUUUGUGAGGAUUUACUAAUGCUAGAGAACCAGGUUCCCUUUUUCAUCCUUGCCAAAGUGUACGUUGUAUUGACCGAUAACGAAUCAGCAGAUUGUUUGAAGAAGCUGGCUCUUCAAUUCUUUAAACAAGUUCCCCUAAUUGGCAAAGUGGCAGAGAGUUGUAGAUCGCCAGAAAACCCCAAACAUUUGCUGGAUUUGUUUCAUAGUAGUUUCGUUAAUCAAAUUGAUAGAGGAAAGCACAGCCCAUCAUCAUCAUCACAUAAAAUGGGAACCAAGUUUUGGGUGGACAAUGCCUCAACACUAAGGUCUAAAGGAGUUACAUUCAUUGCAAGGGAUAGGGAAGCUAGGUUGCCACUGGAUAUUGAAUUCAGCUGGCUAGGACUUCUCAGAAUUCCAACGUUUUAUAUGGAUGAAAGAAUCGUGAGGGUCCUCAAAAAUCUGUUGGCAUACGAGCAAGGAUCACGCCAAGUAAAGCCAUAUUUCAGUUGUGUAGCAGUGUUCUUCUCUAAUAUCGCAACCACUAAACGUGAUGUCAAGUUUCUGAGGGAGGCAGGGAUUAUCCAGCACCAACUCCAAGUACUCUACGAGGCGGUUGAGUUUAGCUCCGACCAGGAUUGCCUACUCAAAUGUGAGGUUGAGCGAAUUAAUAGAUAUGCUGCAUCUGUUCCGGGGAAGUUUAUUAGUUACGUCAAGAGAAUAUUGUUGCCCAAAUUUGUCCCUUUCGUUUUGUUGUUUGUUACUUUAUUCUUAUCUUUGUCACCAGCUGAUACCUUAAAACCCUUUAAAAUUAGAGCCUAG